AUGUGCGUUGGCCCCGCUCGGCAUUCCCGGCCGUUCCCCUGGUCACUCUCUUCUCUCUUCUCUCAUCCCGACCCUCCCUGCUUGUCCGCGUCCAUGCAGGAAGCAGAGCAGCGGGCUCCGACGCCGCUGAGAGCCUACGUUGAUGGCCAACCUGCCUUGAUUGAAGAAGGCGAGGCCUUUGAAGACAACCCAUUUGCUGUCGUCAUUCUCGAUGAGCAAUCCGAUGCUCAAAGCGAUUCUGUUUCUGUUUCUGUUUCUGCCUCGACCCCUGUCACUGCCACUGCCAGCGUCGCCCCGCGCCCCGCCGCGAGACAGAGCACUCCCGGUGCAAAGAGCAAACAUCUGAGCUGGUUCUCCUGGAAGCGCCAUGCCAACGGCGCCGCAUCCCACGGCCCUCAGCACCAACGCUCCCUGUCCACCGCCACCACCGACACCGAGGAGGCCGCUAGCGAUGACGAAGCUACCGUGCCCCCUCAGCCCGUCCGCAGGGAACCUUUGCCCCCUACCACCAAGCCCACGCGAGGCAUUCUCAAACAGGGCACCCGCAUUCGACGCCAAAGUUCCCUGACGCGGUUGCAGCAGUAUCGCGCUGAAGUCGCACGCGAACGCCGCGACGCCGCCCAGACCGACAGGACCACUGCCCCGCGCAACUCAACCAUCAAUCAGCGUCACGUGAGCUUUCGGGACAAAAAGGGCCAGCGCAAGGUCCGCCUCGAGGCCUAUGUUGCCGAUGCUGGCCAGGAGGACCUCAAAUCUCAGCUCGAGCGUCGCCUCUCCCAACGCUCAUCCAUCACUGAGCUCGCCAAGCGUCGCAUCCUGACCCAGUUUGACCUUGAACACAUCCAAGUCGUCGAAAUUACAGGCAUCUCCGCUGAGGACCGGCGCUCCGACCCCACCUGGACCCAGCUAUCCCCGGACGAGAAGAUUUUCAUUCGUAAAGAGCUCAAUGAACUCAAGGCUUCCAUGGAGGUGCACGAGGAUUCGCGCCACCUCACCCGCUUCCACGCCGAUGGACCGGAUUUUCCUCAAUUCGAAGGCCGAGAGGGGGCCCGCGUCACAAUUCAGGGCUACCCUUGUGCUGGUACCUUGCGCUUUUAUGGACCACAUAAAACUCGCCUGGGCAAGCGCUGUGGCAUUGAGCUGGACAAGCCCAUUGGAAAAAACAAUGGUACAGUCGACGGACAUUGCUACUUUACCUGUGAGCCCCACUACGGUGUCUUGUGUAAUCCGGUCAAGGUGUCACUUCAAGACGGCCCUCCCCUUUUCAAAACGGAGGUUGUCUGA